AUGGUAGCUGUAGGUUUUUACUUGCAUUUUUCCACUGCUUUCUUCUUGCUGCUGGCAGUCACUAUUAGCUGCUGCUUCGGGUUGAAAUGCAAAGAACAUGAGCAUCCUUUCGGUGAAAAAUGCUGCAAGGACUGUGCCCCUGGUGAAAGAAUGAGAAGCCGCUGCACUGCAACAGCAGACACAGUCUGUACCCCCUGUCAAGACGAAUACUUUAACAGUGAGCACAACCACAACUUCUGCAAGAGUUGUACAAUCUGUGACACCAGGAAGGGGAGCGUGGAAGUGAAGAAGUGUGAGAAGACCUCUGACAGAAUUUGCAUGUGUGUUGCAGGUUACAUGCCAGAUGUCAGAUACACACUGGGAAGUGUGUGCUCAGCAUGUCCUGAAGGGUCUUAUUCCAUGGGGAGAAAUGAAAACUGUCAACCUUGGACCAAUUGCAGCAUUCUUGGGAAAAAUACUCUUCGACCAGGGACAAAAACAAGUGAUGCUGUUUGCAGCAACCAUGUCACACAGCCAGCUACCCCUCAGAGUGCAACACCUGCUUUGAAUCUUUCCACUACUGACCACAGGAGUAAUAUGUCGACUGCGAUGUUCUCAACAUCCAGACCCAAUGUGAUUCCUUUCAUUUGCCCGGAUGUGAACAACCCAACAGAGACAAACUGGGGAUCUUUAUCACUUAUUCUUAUUUGUCUUAUAUUGCUCAUUGUGAGUGGACUGUCCAUUCUCCUGUUGAUAAUCCAAGCAGCCAAAAAAGGGACCAAGAGGAGGCCUUGUGGAAACAACCAUCAGAAAAGGAGCUUUCGAAUUCCUAUCCAGGAAGAACAUAUUGACUCCAAUUCUAGUCUCAUCAAAAACUGA